AUGAAGCCCACCAUUUUCGCCGCCCUCGCCGUCGCAUUGGCCGCCGCGCCCGCCUCCGCCGAGACCAACUCUAUGCGGGCCGGCAACGUCUGCGUCGCCGAGGGGGACAAGCGCUGCACCGACAACCCGGCCAAGGGCAACGUCCUCGAUUUCCCCGAGUCCAAGACCCCGAGCCUGCCCAAGCAAAGCGCUCAGGACCUCGGCGCCUCGGUUAAUCAGGCUAAGAAGCGCGCUGGGGAGCUGGCCGAGCGCGGUAUAAAGAGGAAAAAAUUUACCAUUCCAACGAAAAAUAAGGGCUCGACAAUUUCCGACUUUGAGAUUCGCAACGUGGAGUUCCAGAUCGUCACGUCUGCUAUGGGCAAUAUCGACGUCCAAGUCAUCAACAAGUCAAACAAGAAUAUCAAAUGGAAUGUUUUGGUGGUACCUUGA